AUGAAUACAGACAUUACAGCAUCGGCAAAGCCGGAGUAUCCAGUUGUAGAUCGGAAUCCUCCCUUUACGAAGACGGUGGCUAAUUUCAACACCCUCGAUUACCUCCGCCUCACCACCAUCACCGGCGUCUCCGUCGUCGUCGGGUACCUCUCCGGAAUUAAGCCAGGGAUAAAGGGGCCAUCAAUGGUGACAGGUGGUUUGAUAGGGGUGAUGGGAGGUUUCAUGUACGCUUACCAGAAUUCGGCUGGGAGGCUCAUGGGAUUUUUCCCCAAUGAAGGCGAGGUUGCCAAGUACAAGAAACAUGCUUUCUAG